AUGUUCUUUCUGGUCCUAUUACUGUUGCCGGUUACUGAUGCUGGCCGUCUGAGUAGGUCAGAUAAUGGUUCAGAACUUAUAAUGUGUGAUGGCGUGAUAUUCCAUGAUGUGUAUUUCGACAAGGAGCUGCUGUUUGAUGGCCUCGGAAGACCCUACAAUUUGAUGAUGCACAAAUUCUCAGGAGUCUUGUUCUUUAGUCAUACAAUCCAAAAUGGUUCUCAAGUAGAUUUUGGGAUCAUGGCCUGCCACAUAGACAAACGUAACUGUAGAGAUAUUCAGGGGGUACCAGGUGGCUACGCCGUUGCUUACGAUGGGGGAAAUGACGACAUCUAUUUUGGUGGUCACGACGGUAUUUACAAGUACAAUUUUCUAACUAAGUCAGCUGAAUUCUUCGCUGAAGAAGGCAAAUCAAUAUGGGCCAUAUUCGUUCGAAGAAAUUUUUAUUAUAUAGAAUAUCCUACACAGAAAUUAUAUGUGUACCAAGACGACAACUUUGUAAAGGUAUCAGAAGCUACAGAUAUCGAAAUUGAUACUUUCUACAUCUCUAGACAUAUAGAUAUUUAUUUUGCAAAUAAAACAGCAUUAUACAAAGUGGCAAAACCUGAUAAGCAACCCAUUGUUUUAAAUGAUGAAAUUGCUGUGAGACAAAUUGCAGAAGAUGUUUAUGGAGAUAUAUACUUCUGUGCAAGUGAUGGAAUGUAUGUUGAAGAGAAACCUUACCACAAAGUAAAAAAAGUUGCUAGUAUUGAUCAGGCAUUUGGAAUGACUUUUGAUGAAAAAGAUCAAAUAAUCUAUUCAGAUAAAGAUGCAAUUUAUCGGUUACUACCAAGUAAAUACAGCAGAUUAUGUUUAAAUGCUAUACUAAAUGCUGAUGCAAAGAAAGAAGAACCAAGACAAUCCCACAUCUUAAUUAGUUAA